AUGUCAAUGUCUGGCAAGAAAGAGUUUGAUGUGAAACAGAUCCUACGGCUACGCUGGAGGUGGUUUAGUCAUCCUUCUCAAGGUUCUUCCAACCCUGGAAACUGCCUUCAGCAGGAAGGAUAUGAGCAUAGAGGGACCCAGGUUCAGGGCAGGUUGAAGAACCACUCUCGGGACAGAAACGGACUGAAGAAAAGCAAUAGUCCCGUCCACCACAACAUAUUGCCACCAGUGCCAGGACUGGCCCCUGCCCAUCAAAGAGUGCUUCAGACUUGGCACCCGCAGAACCUGAUAGAACAUCUUCGAGCAAAUGAAGAUACUCCUAAAGCAGUUCCAGAGGAGAAUUUGUUCAAAAGAGCCUGUGAGAAACAUUCACAAGAUUUGGAGAUGAUGGCUGAUGAAAGUACAGGAGAGUCUACUGCCAGAUUACAUACUGAACAUCCUGAAGAAAUGAAUCUCAGUAUACCUGAGGAGGAGUUCCAUGCUGUAAAUCAUGCAGAGAAAACUCUCCAUAAAAUGCAGAACUACCUGAAAGAGAAACAACUCUGUGAUGUGUUCCUCAUUGUUGGACACCUCCGAAUCCCAGCUCAUAGGUUGGUUCUCAGUGCCAUGUCUGAUUAUUUUGCUGCAAUGUUUACUAAUGAUUUGCUUGAAGCCAAACAACAAGAGGUCAAGAUGGAAGGAAUUGAUCCUAUUGCUCUUAAUUCCUUGGUGCAGUAUGCUUACACAGGUGUCCUGCAACUGAAAGAAGAUACUAUCGAAAGUUUGCUGGCUGCAGCUUGUCUCCUGCAACUGACUCAAGUUAUUGAUGUCUGCUCCAAUUUUCUCAUAAAGCAGCUCCAUCCUUCAAACUGCUUAGGGAUUCGGUCCUUUGGAGAUGCCCAGGGUUGUACAGAGCUCCUGACUGUGGCACAUAAAUACACAAUGGAACACUUCAUCGAUGUGAUAAAGAACCAAGAAUUCCUCCUGCUUCCAGCUAAUGAAAUCUCCAAACUUCUGUGCAGUGAUGAUAUUAACGUGCCCGAUGAAGAAACCAUUUUCCAUGCUCUGAUGGACUGGGUGGGGCAUGAUGUGCAGAGUAGGCAACAAGAACUAUCCAGGCUGCUUUAUUACAUCAGACUGCCAUUACUUCCACCACAUUUACUGGCAGAUCUUGAAAAUAGUUCCAUACUUAAUGGUGACCUUGAAUGUCAGAAACUUCUGAUAGAAGCUAUGAAGUAUCAUCUCUUACCUGAAAGAAGACCUAUGAUGCAAAGCCCUCGGACAAAGCCUAGAAAAUCAACUGUGGGGGCACUUUAUGCCGUGGGAGGCAUGGAUGCUAUGAAAGGUACCACUACAAUAGAAAGAUAUGACCUCAGGACCAAUACCUGGUUACAUAUUGGCACCAUGAAUGGCCGUAGGCUUCAGUUUGGAGUUUCAGUUAUUGAUAAUAAGCUCUAUAUUGUGGGAGGAAGAGAUGGUUUAAAGACUUUGAAUACUGUGGAAUGUUUUAAUCCAGUUGGCAAAGUCUGGAGUGUGAUGCCUCCCAUGUCAACACAUAGGCAUGGCUUAGGUGUAGCCACACUUGAAGGACCAAUGUAUGCUGUUGGUGGUCAUGAUGGAUGGAGUUAUCUAAAUACUGUAGAAAGAUGGGAUCCUGAGGGACGUCAGUGGAAUUACGUGGCUAGUAUGUCAAUUCCUAGAAGCACAGUUGCUGUCGCUGCAUUAAACAACAAGCUGUAUGCUAUUGGUGGGCGUGAUGGAAGUUCCUGCCUGAGAUCAGUGGAAUACUUUGACCCACACACUAACAAGUGGAGUCCGUGUGCUCCAAUGUCCAAAAGACGUGGAGGUGUAGGAGUUACAACAUACAAUGGAUUCUUAUAUGCUGUUGGGGGUCAUGAUGCUCCUGCUUCUAACCAUUGCUCUAGGCUUUCUGACUGUGUGGAACGGUAUGAUCCAAAACAUGAUUCAUGGUCAACUGUGGCGCCUCUGAGUGUUCCUCGAGAUGCUGUCGCUGUGUGUACUCUCGGAGACAGAGUCUUUGUGGUUGGAGGAUAUGACGGACAUUCUUAUUUGAAUACCGUUGAGUCAUAUGAUACACAGAAAGAUGAAUGGAAACAGGAAGUUCCUGUUAACAUUGGAAGAGCUGGUGCAUGCGUUGUGGUGGUGAAGCUACCAUAA